AUAUAGCUGUGUUAUGGUACCUGUGCACACACCUUCAGGAAGGUACUACACGUUUCCAUCUGAUGCUCAGAAAGCUGAAGAACACAGACGCAAGCAUGUCGAAUGCAGUAGUUGCUCUUCUCGUCUUCACUGCACUUCUGUGGAACAAUGCUCAAGCAUUCUCCAAUAACGCCGCUGACUGCUGCCUGUCCACCAGCGACAGUUUCGUUCCACGCCGCAUUGUUGACUCCUACAUCAUCCAAAACAUAGACAGUGGUUGCCCCAUUCCAGCUACUGUGUUCAUCACAAAGAAAAACAGGAAGCUGUGCUCUCCACCUGCCAAUGACCUGAGAUAUCCAUGGGUGAUGAAGCUCGUUGAAUAUAUUGACAAUCGUAAUGACAAGAGCAAAGCAGCUCAGUGAAAGACCAGGUGAAUAUGUCCAGGCCUGUCGGCUCAUCACGCCUGGAUUUUCUGUGACAGCUUUUAUGAUGUUAAUAAGCUACUUCGCCUUUGUAUCUGUCUUAUUUUUCAUCUUGUUUGAACAUUUCAGAAAUCAUGCACAUGCUCUCGUGUUAUGCUUCUCAUACAAAAAAAAAGUGGCAUGGUGCAUGUGUGAAUCUGUGUGCAUGUGUCAAUACUGUUUUAUACACAUUAAAUCUACUGGUGAAUUGUUUUUUUAAUUUUUUUUUAUGAAUAUGUACGAUGUAUGCAUGGCUAUUUUAAGAAGAGUGAAUUCAAAUAAAACUCAUUUUAGUAAAUAA